AUGGACGGGGCCGUCGCGGAGCUCGUGAGCAAGAUCCAGGUGUACGUGUACCCCCGACGAAUCCGUGUCAAGGAGUUCUUCAAUGACUUCGAUCCUCUCAAGCACGGGCGAUGCACCAUCAUCAAUUUUGCCAGGGCGGUAAACAUGCUGGGAAUGUCAGCGCUGAGUGAGGAGGAAGUCGACGACCUAGCCGAGCACUUCACAGAGCAUGGCGCGCACGUGGCUCCGCCGGCCAUCGUGAACUACAUCAAGUUCUGUGAGGCAAUCGACCAGGUCUAUCUCGUGGGUAGCCCGGAUGAGCAUCACAUGUCCUGUUCACCCAGCACCACCCAGCUCAUGUCGUUCAAGCCAAGCUCUCCAGAAGAGGAGGAGAAGUUCAUGCACGCCCUUCAUCGUUUGGCAGCCCUUUGCAAGGCUCGUGGGCUUCUCUUCAAACAGGUCUUCUUCGACAUUGACCGUGCUCCGGUGGCAUCGCCAGCAAGAACUUCGCCAUUUAUGGGCGGGAAGGUGACCAGGGAGCAGUUCAUCAAGAGAUUCCCUUUCAAGAAGGAAUUCCCACUUGAGGACGUGGAGAUUCUCGCCAACAACUAUAUGACGGACAAAGGCGAUGUCCACUUCAUGGCCAUGCACAAUGACAUCUCCGAAGUUUCCUCACAUGAACCCCCGCCCGUGCCCAGGAGUGAUCUGGUCCUUAAGCCAGACGAGUCUGAGUGGAGCCAGGGACUCCACACCAUCGUGGACAAGUUGCGCGCAAAGGUCGUGGAGAAGAGGGUCCGCAUCAAGGAAUACUUCCAAGACUUCGACCACUUGAAGAAGGGAUUUUGCAAGGCUUCGCAGGUCAAGACCGUCUUGACCAUCUGUGACCUUGGGAAGAUUGUCACGGCGGCGGAUUACGAGGAGCUCCUCCACCGCUAUGAGCGCGAAGAUGGUAUGUUCUGCUACGGAGACUUCUGCGCGGAUGUCGACAGGGAGUUUGCGACCCCCAACCUGGAGAAAGAUCCCCUCGCUCAGACCAGCAUGCCCGACUCCACUUCGACGAUGGUGGCAAGGCGCAACAAGGUGGUGCUCACCCAGGAGAGGCUGAAGCAAUGGGAGUGGCUCGAGAGCAAGAUCCGGUCGAAGGUGCAGAGACAUCGCAUCAACCUCCUCCCUUCCUUCAAGGACAUGGACCGCAGCAACUGCCAACACAUCACCAAGAACCAGUUCCAUCGGGUGAUGCAGAGUAUGGGCUUCGACCUCUCUGAAGAUGACGUGAACCUACUGGGCAAUGUCUACUGCGACCUCGGAGAUCACAUCAUCUUCAACUACGUAGACUUCCUGAAGAGCGUGGACGUGCCCUCUGAGGACGUAGAGUUGGCAGUAGCCCAGCUGCAAGCUCCGUACAAAGGUGAUGAGAUCUCGCACUAUUUCGACUCGAGGGGCAAGGUGAUCCCGGCCGACAGCCCUUUGGGAGUGCCAGUCGAGCCCACUGAGGAACAGGAGGCGGAAGAGGAGAGCUUCUACGAGACAGCCAUGGCAGAGCCAGCGCAGAAGAAGGCGCGCACAUCUCGCACCUUCCUCUUCUCCUCGGAGUCUGUGAACGAGGGUCACCCAGACAAGAUCUGCGACCAGGUGUCGGAUGCUGUGCUUGAUGCUUGCCUGAAGGCAGAUCCCAAGAGCAAGGUGGCCUGCGAGACGGCGACCAAGGACAACAUGGUCAUGGUGGCGGGAGAGAUCACCACCGGUGCCAAGCUGGACUACGACAAGGUUCUGGUCCGCAUCAACAAGCAGAGCCCGGACAUUGCCGGCGGAGUGCAUGUCGGCAAGGACGAGAUGGAUGUGGGAGCUGGGGACCAGGGCAUCAUGUUCGGUUAUGCCAGCGAUGAGACUUCAGACUGCAUGCCGCUGACCCACUCCAUGGCCACAAGGCUCGGCAAGACCCUGACGGAGGUGCGCAAGAGCGGUGAGUGCUGGUGGUUGCGACCGGAUGGCAAGACGCAGGUGACGAUUGAGUAUAUGCAGCAUCCCGAUGGUAGUGUGGAGCCCAAGAAGAUCCACACAGUGGUGAUCUCCACCCAACACGCGGAGCCCUCCAAGGCCAAGCGCACCCAAGAAUGUGCUGGCUACACUGGUGCGGAGAUGGUGGCCCCCAGCAUGGAGCAGAUGAACAAGGAGAUUGAGGAGAAGGUAAUCAAGCGGACGCUGCAGUCGAUCAAGCUGAAGAGCGGGCAGCCGGACUUGUCUAAGUACAAGGCCAUGAGCACAGAUCAGGUGGAUGCUGCGCUGAAGGGCAGCACCUACCUGACAAAGUGGGUGGACUAA